ACAGGAUACCAGAUGGCUCGGGAACAGGCUUUUUAGCUCAACCGCACGAGGUUGGCUCGAGGUCGCAAUAGCGGAACGGAGGAUACACAACAACGCGCACUGAAACCGUGUUGGUAACUAAAGGAACUCGACUUUUUGAUAAAUUCGCAUUUUACCGAAAAUUCUGCUUUUGCAAGAGCCAUUUGUCACCCUUCUACGAGAAUAGAAAGUGGACUCGCUUUUUAGGUGUGUAUGUGAAGCUAGCUGUUGUGUAACAGAGUGAGGAAUACUCCACGGAAGAUGAGGAAGAGCAGGAGUGUGCUGACGGUGUCUCCCAAUGAUGACAGUAAAGGGCCUCCAGACUGUGGUCUUAGUGAGUACUCCUGUACGCUUGGUGUCGACCUACGGAGGGGACGCAGGCGUUUCUCUGGCAACCUGCAGCUGCCCCCAUUGUCGUGGAGACAGGCAGAGAGGUCGCGGACCCCUGACAAUGACUGGGUCGUCCGACCCACCUUCCUCCCCUUCUGCGCCCCGCCCCGCAUCGACAUCACACCUGUCGACCCCGAGUGCUUUGACGUGGAGAAUGGCCCAUCAGCCAGCUGCAGUCCAUUGGACCCUUCAGCGUCUCCCGGGUCAGGCCUGGUCCUACACACCAACUUCCCUGGACACAACCAGCGCAGAGAGUCCUUCCUCUACCGCUCAGACAGUGACUACGAACUCUCGCCCAAGUCCAUGUCCCGAAACUCCUCCAUCGCAUCCGAACUACAUGGUGAUGACCUGAUAGUAACGCCUUUUGCCCAGGUCCUCGCAAGCCUUCGAAGUGUAAGAAAUAACUUCACAGUCCUGACCAAUGUCCAAUGUGCUUCAAACAAGAGGUCCCCUGCGGCCACUCAGCCUCCCAUCACAAGAGUCUGUCUGCCAGACGAGUCGUACCAGAAGCUGGCCAUGGAGACCAUGGAGGAGCUGGACUGGUGUCUGGACCAGCUGGAGACCAUCCAGACCUAUCGCUCCGUCAGUGACAUGGCCUCCAACAAGUUCAAGAGAAUGUUGAACCGGGAGCUGACACACCUCUCAGAGAUGAGUCGCUCCGGGAACCAGGUGUCCGAGUUCAUCUCCAACACCUUUAUGGACAAACAGAACGACAUGGACAUGCCAUCUGUGACGCCCAAGGAGAAGGCUGGUCGGGAGAGGAAGAAGCAGCAACAGCUGAUGACUCAGAUCACUGGGGUGAAGAAGGUCUCUUAUGGACCCUCCCUCUCCAACUCCUCCAUCUCACGUUUCGGGGUCAAGACGGACAAGGAGGACAUGCUCUCCAAGGAGCUGGAGGAUCUGAAUAAGUGGGGUCUGAACAUCUUUACCGUGUCAGAGUACUCCGAACAUAGACCUCUCACCUGUAUCAUGUACGCCAUCUUCCAGGAGAGAGACCUGCUGAAGACCUUUAAGAUCCCGACAGAGACGUUUGUGGCGUACAUGAUGACCCUGGAGGACCACUACCAUGGAGACGUGGCCUACCACAACAGCCUCCACGCGGCAGACGUGGCCCAGUCCACACACAUCCUACUCUCUACACCAGCCCUCGAUGCAGUCUUCAGCGAUCUAGAGAUUUUGGCGGCCAUCUUUGCUGCAGCAAUCCAUGAUGUGGACCACCCGGGGGUGUCCAACCAGUUCCUCAUCAAUACCAACUCUGAGCUGGCCCUGAUGUACAACGAUGAGUCCGUGUUAGAGAACCACCAUCUAGCUGUGGGCUUCAAGCUGCUGCAGGAGGACAACUGUGACAUCUUCCAGAGCCUGACCAAGAAGCAGAGGCAGAGCCUGAGGAAGAUGGUCAUCGAAAUGGUUCUGGCCACUGACAUGUCCAAGCACAUGAGUCUGUUAGCUGACCUGAAGACCAUGGUGGAGACCAAGAAGGUGACCAGCUCUGGGGUCCUGCUGCUGGACAACUACACCGACAGAAUACAGGUGCUGAGGAACAUGGUUCACUGUGCUGACCUGAGUAACCCGACCAAGUCCUUGGAGCUGUACCGUCAGUGGACCGACCGCAUCAUGGAGGAGUUCUUCCACCAGGGAGACAGGGAGAGGGAGAGAGGCAUGGAGAUCAGCCCCAUGUGUGACAAACACACUGCCUCAGUAGAGAAAAGCCAGGUGGGUUUCAUAGACUACAUCGUCCACCCUCUGUGGGAGACGUGGGCUGACCUGGUGCACCCUGAUGCUCAGGACAUCCUGGACACUCUGGAGGACAACAGGAACUGGUACCAGAGCAUGAUUCCCCAGAGCCCCUCUCCUCCCUGGGCCACGGAGCAGCGCGAGCAGGGUGGAGGUGAAGGGGGUCAGGUGGGAGACAAGUUCCAGUUUGAACUCACCCUGGAGGAGGAGGACUCUGAGGGUACAGAGAAAGAUGAACAGAGCCAGGAGGAUGAGGAGGAGGAAGAGGAUGUUUUGGGGGAGUCGUCUCAGUCUCCGGUUGACUACUUUGACUGUCAGGACCCUGAGGAAUCCAUGGAGCCCACGUCAUCCAUAGCGAUAAUUACCCACGAUGCAUCACCCACAGACACUUAAUGGGCUCGGCUGCACCGCAAUGGUGGUUGGUUUAAUGUUUUAAACAGGAGAAAUCCUGCAGCUGUGCUUUUUAACAAGCCCACAGGGGUCUUAGUUUGAGCUCGCAUGGGGUGUCAGUUUCAACCCCCCCAUCCUUGCACCGUUAGGUGCCAGCAACAGAGGGACAGUUUCAGUGGGGCGGCUACGGAGUUCUCAGGGAAAAUGCUGCAAACAUUUUGGGCCUGAAGGACUGACGGAAAGGCCUCUGAGGAAAUUAAAUGAAGGACUUGGGCCAAUCUGGGAAAUGGUUGUUUUUCCAUCCUGACUGGCAAAUGUCGACACUACUACUGAGAGAAGUUUUGUACCUUGUGACUUUUUUACUGAAAUGGGAUGUCAUGAGGCAGCUUAUGAACUACUGAUUGAUGGACAUGAGUUUAUAUAGAGAGAGAAAAAUAUGGUCACUUUUUUCUUGUAUCAUUUGUCAGAGGACUUUUAUGUGCCUUUUUACUAUUAUCUUUUGAAUUGUUUUUUAAUUUAUUGAACACACUUUAGUAUGAAUGUUGUUGUUUUUUCUUUCUUUUUCGAAAGCUCAAGAGCAAAAUCCUUUUAUAUCUCAGACAAAGAGAACAGUCUUCCUACUACUAUUGGGCAAUAGAAGAAAUCCAAACUAACUUAGACAAACAAUUCCUGGACAUACUCAUCAAAUGCUAAAAACAUGUUUUCCCAUAAUAAGAAAUACACUGUCAUCUUAAUCCAUGUACAAAAUAUAUGUUUCUAUAUGGAAAUUAAAUGUACACAAUGUACACAUUCGUGUUGCAUGUCUAGAUUGUCAGACCUCACUGUAGACAAAUGGUAGGCAGAUAGAUGUUCACUUUAGCUCCAGAAAACAGUUACACAACAUUCUGACAUCUAACCUGCUUCCCCACAAUCUCCCUCAUGGAUCAAAUCCUGAUAUCGUUCAGACUCCAAACCAAUGUCAACAUCAUAGACAGAAAUAGCACUUGGCAGCCAAAGCAAAGUUUCUUAUCACGUGCAGUUGGAAGGCUAUUUCCAGCUUCCUCUCGAGGUAUCCUGCUGUCGUCUAUUAAUCCUACUGGACCAAAGAUUACAAAACCUAACUGGUUCUGAUAAUGUAACAAUCUAACUAAGGAAGGACCCCCUAUCCCUGUAGAAUCAGGACCGGUCCAGAUGAUGAAAGGUGGCCGGGCGGCUGCAUGUCUAGAAGUCAGCUGCACUAUAAUUAUUCACAUGGUUCAUACAGUUCAGCUAUUUAUUCAUCCACCUAAUAAAAGGGAACGAGGUUCUGCUUCUACCCAUUGACCUUAAUCUUCCCUUCCCACUAACUGUAUCACAUUUCCUGACCGGACGGGAAGUUUAUCAGGAUUUAGUCCGUUAAAUUUAAUCCUCUGCUGCAAAACCCAAACCCGAGGAGAAAAAGACUUAUUGUUGAGAACAAGAGGAUGAUGACCCACAGUAGUAGGUUAUCUAGAGAUGAUGUGACAGAGACACCAAACCAAAAGGCCCCGGACAGUGUAAUUCACUGUCACUGUGGGCCAGCAUUAAGACCGUCAACUCCAGGCAGUCUGCAAGGCAGAUUGUCCUUUACAGGCCUCCAUGGCUGGUUUUCAUGAUGGCCUAUUCAGCAUCUAUGACCUAUUCUCCAUUAUUCACUUAGGUUUACUGACAUACUCAAAGGUACUUUCAACUACCUUAUUGUCUAUAACCUCACUCACUCCAGCAGGCUUACAUGGUAAUUGUGUGCGUUGAUGCGUGAGCGUGUGUGUGUGCAUGUCAUAAAAUGUGAGAGUACGUGUGUGUAUACAUGUUAGUCUUUGUCACCUAGGCUCAACAUGACUCCUCUUAUUGUCUGUAACUAGAGCUCAAGCUGGUCCUUUGCUGUUUAUAACAGUGUAUUCAAUUACAUUCAGUUGUACUGUACAUAAGAAUACUGUUUCAGUCAGUGUAAAUCUAUUUUAAUUUAUAUGCACUUGCAUUACCUGGAAGGGGAGUGUCUAACAUGUACAGGGCUCUGCGUCGGAGGCUUUUUAUAUCCUCUAUUUGUUUUUUUAUAUUAUAUAAUAAGUCAAUAUAUAUUCGCACAAAUGUUUGAGUGCCCUGAGCAGCAGCUAAAGAGACAUAUUCACAACCUGUAGGUUUACAACGCAUAGAGGACAUGUUAAACAACAGAGGCCUGGUUAUAGCUAUGAUAAGCUGUGGAGAAGCUUUGAUACUGUAGUCUAUCACUAGUUCACACCGAGACGUUCUCCUCUUAGCAGCUUGUAGUAGUGAAUAAUCCAUGCUCCUCUGUGCAACAUUUUCAAUGCAGAUUGCUGAUUUGGGGUUCAGAUCUACUGGUUCGACAGAAGUAAGGAAUAACAACAGAAAGACAGACAGAGUGUCUGCUCCUUUACACGUCCUUCCAUGUAAAGUAGUUCAGGGGGAUUAUUGGUGGCAUGCUACAAUAUCUCUGAGCUGAACCUGAUGAAUCGUUACAAACAUGUGAUCUUCUUGUAUUUGAUCGUGCUAUUGUGAACUAUUUUGAUUUGACCAAAACUUGUUAGCAGUUUUGAAAUUCAAAUUUGUCACCAGUAUAACAUUGUUAAUCUAUGUUAAACAUUUUGGUCCGAGUUGUGGUUAGCCACGCUUGGCACUAUCUGCAUGAGAGAGGUUUUUUAUUUGACAUGUCUUUUGAAUACCUACCUAACGCGUUACAGUCGCAGCGGACAUGUUAAAUGUUUCACACAAUGUAUGGUAUAAUAUUGUAUAUUGUGUUAAAAUAUCAGAAAAUACUUUUUCUAUGAAGUGAUUAAAAAACAAAGCAUGAA